GUCACAUAAACAACGGGCAAUAAAACCACAAGGACCAGAAGUUACUGCGCUACCAGCUUCCACCACGGGUUUGUCAUGAAGUUGGGUUGAUACAAGAUUGUAACAAAUUAAGAUACUACGCAGUGGCAAAUGAGAAUGUCUGACCCUAUAACGUUAAAUGUAGGAGGAAAGCUAUACACCAGUUCUCUAGCAACAUUAACACGUUAUCCAGACUCAAUGCUGGGUAUCAUGUUCAGUGGGAAAAUGCCCUCAACUAGUGAUCAGCAUGGUAACUUCUUCAUUGACAGAGAUGGGAAAAUAUUUCGAUACAUUCUAAACUUUCUGCGCACAUCAAAUCUCGACCUCCCAGAUGAUUUUCAAGAAGUGGGGCUGUUGAAAAGAGAAGCUGAUUUUUACCAGAUCCAGCCUUUGAUACAUGCUUUGCAAGAGAGAGAAUCUGAAAAUGCCAAAGCAGAAAGAAAUGCAAUGCUCAACAUUACUCUUGAUCAGAGACUGCAGAAUGUUUAUUUUACAGUUAAACCAGCCCCACAAAUGUACAAUCUAACCUCGUGUAGCACAGAAGUGUUUGAUGCAAAUAUAUUUUGCACGUCAGCUGAAUUCUUGAAACAUUUAAGCUCCAAGUUUUGUUACUUUGUGAAUGGUAAACUUUUACCAAUUGGCUAUGAGAAAAAAGAUCCAUACCAUUUGACACUACAAUGGGUUGGACAUGUGGCUGUACUGCCUGAAGAUGAAUAUACAAGACAAAACUUAAAAAGAUUGUGGAUUGCACCUACAAAUGAGCAAGUUAACAAUUUUCAGUUAUUUGUAGAGGAGGUAUUAAAAACAGCAAUGAGUGAUGGAUUCCAUGUGGAUUCAUUACAGCCAGAUUCCUCUGAUUUUAUGAAUUAUAAGGUACUACGUUUAGUCCGGUAUAAAUAAAAUGUGUCAUUUAAACUAUUAAUUAUUACAUGUUUCUUACUGUGUAACAGUAUAAGCCUUAAGCUUCUCCUAUUCCCCCUCCCCAAACUGUAUGGCACUUUAG